AUGUACUCUUCUUUCGCCUACAUCUUCAUAAUCAUUCUAAAUCUUUGGAAUUACACACAGGCUGCAAGUAUUUUGGGUAUUUUCCCAACACCUUUCAAAUCACAUCUUAUCAUACAUUCUGCUAUUGCUGAGACAUUAGCUGCUGCAGGUCAUAAUGUCAUCAUUAUGGGUUCAUUUUCUAAUGUCAUGCCUCAGGCUAAAUACCAGUAUAUACACUUAGAAGGCAAACAACUGGAUGGAAACUUUGUAACAAAGACAAUAGAGACUGCAGAGUCCACGCACAAAAAGUUUAACCAUAUGAUCGGUGUGGCCAUGAAAAGUGCCAAUAAUAGUUUAAAUCAUCCAAAAAUGAAAGAGUUUUUGAACCAACAUCAAGCGGGUGAUUUCGAUCUUGUGAUAUUGGGUUAUUUUAUGAAUGAUUUUUUAUUGGGUUUAGGGGCUCAUUUUCAAUGUCCCAUUAUUAUAUCGUUUAUUAUAAGACCCAUAUUUGCUAUAGAUACUAUAGUGGGAAAUCCAGAAGAGCCCGCAUAUGUACCCACUUUGUUUAGUAAUCUUAAGGAACCCUUGGAUUUUGGGGAUAGAGUAAAGAAUUACUUGGCCAACUUUGUUGAGCACAAUAUAAUGGAAAGGGCAAUGAGGAGGAAAAUGCAGGAAAUGUAUAGGUGA